UCCCUCCCCCAGGCUGCAGGAGUUGUAGGAGGUUAACGUGACUGUGAGAGCUGUACUUUAAAACAGCACGGCGGGCAGAGCUUUCACACUCAUUCACACAACUGGGAAAUAACGCAGGACUCAUACUGAAACUUAAAGCAAAGAUACAGGUCUUUUUGGUUAAUCCCUGAGGAUUUCUAUGGAUGUGUGACUUUAAACAACUUCCAAGAGAUACAAUACAGGGAUAACAACAGAUAUCUUGAUUAGCAGUUAGACUCUAGGUAAGGGAACGUAGGGAGGAAGGUACCUGUACUCUGAGCAGAGAUGGACGCAGGCCCAUUGGCAUCAGUACCCGAGGGCUCUCCGGAAGGGGAGACAGUAUGUGCUGCUUUGGCCCGCUAUGAAACCACAUUGCAGGAUGCCGUACGUGAAAUCCAUGUGGACGUCAGUGCUUUCAAGCUUGGCAUCGAGCGGAGGUUAGAAGAGACCAUUCAUAUGAGCGGACCUCUGGGCCGAGCCGUGGCCCAACUGCAGCAGGAGAACCGGCAGCUCAGGGGCCAGUUAGAGGCCUUGACCCGACAGGUGGAGUUGCUGACGGGGUCGGUGUGUGACAGAAGCGCACUUCUCUCUGGAGGUCCAGAGCCACCGAAGACCAACAGCAGCACUACAGGGCACCAGUCACCCCCUUCACUAAGCAGCGCAACGGCCCCUAGUGUGGCAGCUUUGACAGGUUCAGCCAGUGGCUCAGCCUCCAGCCCCACCACCACACGCUUCUCCAGCAGAGCAACCUUCUCUGUCACUAGCAAAACUAACAGCAUUGAGCGGGAAGAGCCCAUUGAAGUGGAUCCAGCACCGAUUACCCAAGGGUUAGAGAACGGACACUUGUCUUCAGCAGAAAACUCCACUGUGCCUUUGAGGGGAAACUCACCACAUAAUGGUGUGUCACAGGAACACUCAACCCCAGUAUCUAUGGCAAUGCCACACUUGCCCAUCACAGCAACCACCAAAGUAGCGGACUCUACAGUUAUGAAGAGUCCCGAGUCACCUGUUAGCCCGAUGCAAGCCAUGCCCUUAACCAUAACAGAUUCACUGACAAACAGUCAGCCAGUCACCAAUGACAAACAGCCACAACUUGAGUCUCCUGUUGAUGCAGUAUCGUCUGUGAAAACAUGGGCUCCAACUCCUACAAGGACUAUGGGUUCUCCACGGCUUAAUGAGAAAGCAUCUUCUGCACCAGCCAAGACAGUGGCCUACUCCGGGCUUUAUUCAAACAAAAUAGACAGGAAUGCGGAUAUGUCAGGAGAUUUAUCCUUUGGUAAAGGCAUUGAGCGCAGACGGGAGCUUGUUAGGUCCCAAACUCUACCUCGAAACAUUGGAGCCCAAGCACGCAGGUCUAUUUUUGAGAGGCUGGAUUCUGAGACCAACAGUAGACCCAAGCCUGUGGAUUCCAAACCAAAGCUGAAGCGCUCCCAGAGCUUUGGAGUAUCCAGUGCUAGCAGUAUCAAGCAGAUCCUUCUGGAAUGGUGCCGAUCCAAGACCAUUGGGUACCAGAACAUCGACAUUCAAAACUUCUCAUCCAGCUGGAGUGACGGUAUGGCAUUUUGCGCCCUGGUCCACUCGUUCUUCCCCACAGAGUUCGACUACAACGUCCUAUCCCCUGCUGAGCGUGAACAUAACUUUGAGUUGGCAUUCAGCACAGCAGAGAAGAAAGCUGGCUGUGACAGGCUUAUUGAAGUGGAGGACAUGAUGGUUAUGGGCAGAAAGCCAGACCCCAUGUGUGUCUUUACAUACGUCCAAUCGCUAUAUAACCACUUGCGCAAGUUCGAGUGAGGUCUCUGCACCUUCAGUCCCA